AUGGCCGGCGCGGACCCCACGAGGACGUCGUGGCCGGAGGUGGUGGGCAUCCCGGCGACGCCGGCGGUGAUGAAGAUCAACCACGACAGGUCCGACGUGGCCAUCGAGGUCCUCCCGGACGGCGUCAAGGUGCCCAAGGGUUUCAACGCCAAGCGCGUGCGCGUCUUCUUCGACGCCAAGGAGUCCCAGGGCCUCGUCAUCAGGACCCCCGUCGUCGGCUAG